AGGCAGGUGACAAACAUUAUCACCCCAGCUGCGCGCGAUGCAGCCGGUGCAACCAGAUGUUCACAGAAGGGGAAGAAAUGUACCUUCAAGGUUCUACCGUGUGGCAUCCCGACUGUAAACAGUCCACCAAAACAGAGGAGAAGCUUCGGCCACCAAACAUUCAGCACACUUCAUCUGAUUUCUUUUAUCCCAAAAGUCUGAUUCGUCGCACAGGACGGUCCCCAGCUCUACAGCUCUUGUCACCUUGUCUGGUGAACCUCAGCAGAAACCCCAGACAGCCCACCAGGACCUCCUCUGAAAGUAUUUAUUCUAGACCAGGCUCCAGCAUCCCUGGCUCACCAGGCCACACCAUCUAUGCAAAAGUAGACAAUGAAAUACUGGAUUACAAGGACUUAGCAGCCAUCCCCAAGGUCAAGGCAAUUUAUGAUAUUGAGCGUCCAGACCUCAUUACCUACGAGCCAUUCUACACUUCAGGCUAUGAGGACAAGCAGGAGAGACAGAGCCUUGGAGAGUCUCCAAGGACUUUGUCUCCUACUCCAUCAGCAGAAGGUUCCCAGGAUGUUCGGGAUCGGAUGAUCCACCGCUCCACCAGCCAGGGCUCCAUCAAUUCCCCGGUGUACAGCCGCCACAGCUACACUCCGACCACGUCUCGCUCACCACAGCAUUUCCACCGACCUGAGCUUUUGUCUCCUGGUGUGCACAGGUGGUCCCCGCUGCGCACCAGCAGCUGCAGCUCCACCCACAGUGACUCCCGUCCCAACCCCCCCUUCAGACACCACUUCCUCCCCCAUGUCAAAGGCAACGAGCCGUCCAGCGGCCGGAGCUCCCCUCUCCCUUACCGGCCCGACAGCCGCCCUCUAACUCCAACUUACGCUCAGGCCCCUAAACAUUUCCAUGUUCCAGAUCAAGGGAUCAACAUUUACCGAAAACCUCCCAUCUACAAACAGCAUGCUGCCUUGGCAGCCCAGAGCAAGGCUUCAGAAGAUAUCAUCAAGUUUUCCAAGUUCCCAGCAGCCCAGGCACCAGAUCCCAACGAGAUACCAAAGAUUGAGAUGGACCACUGGCCCGGUGCCCCCUUACUUGCCGCCGUAGGAACUCCAGAGACGCCAGACAUGAGACGCAGAUCUAGCGGCAGAGAGGAAGAUGAGGAGGAACUCCUGAGAGGUUGGCAGCUUCAGGAAGAACAACUGAUGAAGCUCAACUCAGGCCUGGGGCAGCUGAUACUGAAGGAAGAAAUGGAGAAGGAGAACCGAGAAAGGGCGUCCCUGCUGGCCAGUCGCUAUGACUCUCCCCUGCACUCAGCUGCACAUGCUCCCUCAACGAAAACUUCGUCUCUCCCUGGUUAUGGCAAGAAUGGCCUUCACCGGCCGGUUUCUACAGACUUUGCUCAGUACAACAGCUAUGGAGACGUCAGCGGCGGAGUUCGAGAUUACCAGACCCUCCCAGAUGGCCACAUGCCGGCAAUGAGAAUGGACCGAGGUGUGUCCAUGCCCAACAUGCUGGAACCAAAGAUAUUUCCAUAUGAAAUGCUCAUGGUGACCAACAGAGGGCGCAACAAAAUCCUAAGAGAUGUGGACAGAACCCGGCUGGAGCGCCACUUAGCCCCAGAAGUAUUUUGGGAAAUCUUUGGGAUGUCCAUACAGGAAUUUGACAAGUUACCUCUUUGGAGACGCAACGACAUGAAGAAAAAGGCUAAACUCUUCUAAGUACCCGGAAUAAGUGACAAUCAGGACAAGGACUUUCAGUGGCAGUGGUGCCUAGAACGUCGUAUUGAGGCCUAGAAUCAUUGAUCAGAGAAUUUAUUUGCUACCAUCUCCCAGCAGCAACACUGAGGGAAAAUCUGAUCUCAGCACCCACCCAUGAACCAGAUCCCUGGUCAAGCAACAGUAACAUUUGCUGAGCAGCAACGGGGUAGAGAUUUGUGUGUUCCCAAACUCAGCACUAACAUCCACACGUGACUAGGUCCACACUGGGGCUCCUUUCGCCUUUAUUUUCCCCUUUAACGGAUGUCUAACUUAGUGCUGCCUAUACCUGUAAGAGCCGGAAGUGCCCUUAGGAAGCCACACGGGAAGGAAUGGCAGGGAGUUCUGAAGUAUGGAUCUAUUUAUUUAUGUACCACUGUGGCUGAGGAGGAGAGACCAGCAUUGAUACGGUAGCAACAAUUUAGUCUUUCCUUGGCAGCCACCCUCUGCUCUGCCUGGGCUCUGGAGGAAUGGAACUCCCUAGGGAACCAGGUAGUUCUGAGCACUCAGCUGAGUACCAGCAAGAAUGACUUGAAUACGCUCCUGUUCCCUUCCUGUGUGCCAGGACCUGGUUGGUCAACUGCUAGGGGGAAAAAUUAAGAGAUAGGAAAAGGAAAAAGAAAUGAAGGAAGCCCCACCCCCACCCCUCCCUGGACUUUUUU